GCAAUUGGUUUGAAGAGAAAGUUAAAAAUGUUGAAGUACCCGAUUAUCUAAUAUGGCUAUCUAGAAUGCCUAAUGUGGUGGGCAAGAGAUACACUGCAUAUUUCAUUAAUGGAUACCGAUUUCAUACAAAAAGUCGGGACGCCCCACGAAAGACUCAAAAUAGUGGAGUGACUCUAGCAGCAACAACAGAUAGUUUUGCUAGUUCUAGGGACCAAAAUCCCAUAGAUGGAGAGGUUAUUUAUUAUGGAGUUAUUCAAGAUAUCAUUGAGAUUGAUUAUUAUGGCCAUUUUAGUGUUGUACUGUUUAGAUGUGAUUGGUUUCAUAAUGAAGUAGAUGAAUAUGGGUUAACUCGGGUAUACUUCAAUAAGUUAUGCAGUAAAGAUGAUCCUUUUGUGUUGGCAUCACAAGUUCAUCAAGUUUUUUAUGUGGCGGAUCCAGUUGAGAAAGAUGUUUAUUAUGCAAGGAAUAAAGUCCCUGUUGAUUUGUAUGAUCUAGAGAAAGAGGAUUGUCCUAAUAUAGGAGACACAUUUUGGAGGGAGCCUAAUGAUGACAUUGGUCCAUCAACUAGAUUAGAUGACGGUGACAUUAGAUGGUCAAGAGAAGAUGUGCCUGUUGAUGUCGUUGAUAUUCCAUCUAAUGCACAACAUUCAAAAGAUACAAUUAUGGAAACAUCGGAAGAGGAGGAUGAGUUCGAUGAUACUGAUUGGGAUUGGAUGGAGGAAAAUGAUUAGACAAUAAAAGACUUGAGUAAUCAUGAAUCAAGAUGGGAGUUCAAGAAAAAUCAAGAGAGUUAAGAACUCAAACUUCAUUCCACCUGGAUCAGUUGCAUCUUUGCUAAGCCAAAGGGUUUUGAAUCACAAGCACAAGCAAAACUCAAAAUACAUUCCAGAUGUUCAUGUUAUAAAGUCAAAUGAAAAGCAUUACAAGCACAAGCAGAACUCAAACUACAUUCCAGCUGGAUCUGAAGUGGAACAAGUGCAGCAAGUGUGUCCCGAUUCUAUCCGU